AACACCGUCGAUUUCGGUCGCCGCCGGCUCGGUGCAUAACGCGCGUUUCUCACGACCACGCACGAUCAGGUAAAGGGGAGAGAAAUUGACACUCAGCCUUAACUGUAUAGGCUGCGGUUAGUUUGUAUAGGUGUAUACAGUCAGCCAGGAGAAGUGGGAUGAACUGCUGUAUUGGCUAUAAAGGGAGUUGCUGACAGAAGCCUCUCGUCGGUACACGGUGCUUUAAACGUUACGCAACUGCUGUUCGUGCAGGUUUACCCGUCGGUGCUGCACGGCUCCUCGCACGCUUCGCAACCUGUAGAGAUCCCUAUCUCCUAUAUAGUCUGUGACGCACUGUGUCGUUCAAAAAAGGGUCGACGAAGUGUCAGCCACUCGCCAUCAACAUCGGGUCUCCCUCUUCUUUUCUUCGGACGCCCAAGUCAGUGAUUGCUGGGACGCUCGCACCGUGGUUCACAGCAGUUUCCGUGUCGACGAACACAGCGGGACUAGAAGCUGAGCUCAAUCUGCCAAUCUGAUCUCCGCAUUUCAGUCUAAGCUUUCGCUUCCGUUAAUUCUUCUCCAAUCGGUGUCCCUUGGGUGUGCAGCGCGUAAAAGUGCCGACUAGAGCGUCUGUGUGUGUCCUUAGAAAGGCAAGAGGGCGUCAAGUAGAAGACAUGCCUCGCGGGAAGAUGGAGACCGGCAGCGGCGGCGGCCACGGCAAGCACCACCGGAAGCGUGACCGACUAAGCCCCGUGGGCGGGGGCUCGUACGAGAGGCGCAACAGCGACAUCGAACUGGACAAGGUGACCGGGCCUCCCGAGGCCUUCUUCCAUCAGGCGAGGCAGUCGCGGCGAGCCUCGGUUAUGGCCGAGCUGGUCAUCAAGCACCUCGAGGACCAGGACCAGGAGGACAAAAAAAGCGUAGGUGUGGUGGCUGCCACCAGUGUUCUUCACCAAAGGGCGAACGAAAUACGGCAACAAAGGGUCAAUUGGCAGUCCUACCUUCAGAGCCAGAUGAUCACACAAGAAGACUACAACUUCAUUGUUGCCCUUGACCAGUCGACACCGGAGAGCAGGGCCAACCUGCUCAAGCAGCAGCGUCUGCAGUCAGCCAAGACCUUCUUCAACAUGCUGGGGCACAUCUCGAGAGACCAGACCAUCCAGUACAUCCUCAUCUUGAUAGACGAAAUGCUUCAGGAAGACAAGUCACGAGUGGAGAUCUUCAAGGAGUAUGCCCGCAAGAAAAAAGAGCCGGUCUGGACUCAGUUUUUGACCUUGCUGAAUCGUCCAGAUGGCUUCAUUGUCAAUAUGACAAGUCGCAUCAUUGCCAAGAUCGCUUGCUGGAGCCGUGAGCUGAUGGAGGGCUCUGACUUGCAGCACUACCUCACCUGGCUGAAAGACCAGCUUCGCAUGCCGAACAAUGACUACAUCCAGUCCGUGGCUCGGUGUAUGCAGAUGAUGCUGCGGAUCAAUGAGUACAAGCUAGCCUUCGUUGCCAUUGACGGCAUUUCAACCAUUGUGACAGUGCUGGCUGGUCGUGUGAACUUCCAAAUUCAGUACCAGCUUACCUUCUGCCUCUGGGUCCUCACCUUCAAUGUUGACUUGGCCAAGCGGAUGAGCAAGUACAACAUCAUACCAAUCCUGGCUGACAUUCUCAGUGAAUCGGGAAAAGAGAAAGUGGCACGGAUUAUCCUGGCAACAUUCAGGAACCUAAUCGAAAAGCCCGACGAGAAUGAGAUCCGGCGAGACAAUGCCAUCGCCAUGGUGCAGUGCAAGGUGUCAAGGCAGCUUGAGAUACUGCAGGGCAAGAAGUUUGCCGAUCCCGACAUUGUGGAGGACAUCGAGUACCUGGAGGAGAAGCUUAACACCAGCGUCCAGGAUAUGAGUUCUUUUGAUGAGUAUGCCACGGAGAUCAAGUCUGGCCGUCUGGAGUGGGGACCUGUGCACAGCUCAGAGAAGUUCUGGCGGGAGAACGCAGACAAGCUCAACGAGAAGAACUAUGAGCUGCUGAAGAUCUUGGUACGCCUGUUGGAGACAAGCAGGGACCCCCUUGUCCUGAGCGUCGCUGCCCAUGACGUUGGAGAGUACGUCCGGUACUACCCACGAGGAAAACAGAUCGAACCCACAUCCCUUCAAGUGCUACCAGAAAGUGUUAUUGAGAAACUGGGUGGCAAGCAUCUUGUGAUGCAACUGCUAGGCCACGAGGACCCCAAUGUGCGGUAUGAGGCUUUACUCUGCGUCCAGAAGAUCAUGGUGCACAACUGGGAGUACCUUGGAAAACAACUGGAGAAGGAAACUAGCACCUCACGACCAGCCCAAGGCCAAACCAGAUCAUAACUUGUCUGGGCAUGUUACCCUGCUCUUUAAGCCUCAGGAGGGGAUGUGUAAUAAACCUGUGUAUUUAUUUAUCCAAAGGCACUUGAAGCCAUCAGCAUUCCUUAAGCUUAACUUUGUGGGUUUUUCUUUAGUUAAAAUGUUCGAACUGGCUGCUCCAUGCACAUGGUGCAAGAGUGACAUUCCAAAUAAAACUGCCAUUGAACAAGUACUUACUCAAAACAAACUUUUCUCUUUCCAUUCUGCAUAUAUAGAAUAUUGUUCAUUAUUAUAACCUGCUGCAGACUGUGUGAGAUUUGUACAGCGUUUCAACAAUGUAACCUAACGCAUUCACUUGUUUACUGUGGUGCAUGUUAGUCUAUAAAAGUUGUGCCAGCAUUGUUUAAAAGACGCUGAGAACACGUGUAGCAAUAAACACAAUUGUGACCACGG